ACUGCCUCACAUGCGCACGGGGAGAGUCCAGCCGCACAUUCAGCAGAGGAACAGGCGUCUCACGUGGGGACACGUCUUGCUUAUCAUUUGUGGGGAAGCAGAGAAGAUUUGGCGAUGCCUGCAGAAGUGAAAGAGGAGCAGAGUUCAGAGGGGCCUCCUCAGCUGUCUUUGUCUCAGGAGGCGAAAGAUAACCCAACUGCCAAUGACGAACUGGACACGCCCACCUCCAUCGCCUCCGUGAUGACCACGACCAAUGAAAGCUUGACAGAGACUGACACGCCGCAGCAGACGGACACUGAGGAGUCCAAGGCCGCCCCCUGUGGGACACAAGCAUCCUCAGAGACGCAGCAGGAGGACUUCCAGACAUCAGACACACCUGAUCUCACAAUGACCCCGGAGGCUCAAGAUGACGCUCCGAUUGAGCAACCGAUUCCUAAAGCAAACAUUGAACCCAUUGAGUCUGUUACACCGACCAGACCGACCAGCAGCGCUGCUACGGCCCCCUUCCAACCGCCGGUGGUGCAGCAGUCUGGGGGGUCUCAGCCAGUGAACCCAGACAGGCAGAGCAGAGUGUACACCCUCCCGGACAGCUACAGAGGCGUCAGGAGUGAUGGAUGUGCAGGGUAUGGAAGCCUGUCCCGCGCCAGCAUCCACGGCUACUGGCCCGCCAAGAGCUUCCAGGCUGGGACUCACUACACAUUACCCUUCCUCAGGGACAGCUACGCUCCGGCAGGCCAUGGCAGCCAGAUAGAGGAGGACGGCCAAUGCGAACGGGGAGAAAAUCCUCUGGACAUGAAGACUGAACUCCCAGCUGCCGUUUACCCGACACUGGGGGGAAUCCACCAGUUUAGGCCAAUCACCACCAUGGAGCUCCUCAGGGAGCCCUCAAGAACCAGAGGUGGAUAUGAUGAUGCCUUCAUGGCCCAGCUGGAGGGGAAUCUGAAUCCUUUCUUCCAGGCGAUGUGCCGAGCACAGACCCUGCAGUUCCCCCACAAACGCAGCAGCAUGGUCAGCCUGGACAGCAUCCGCAGAGACCCUCGCUGGAGAGACCCCAACCUGCAUGAGGUGAUCUCGAUGCUCAGCCACCCAAUGGACCCAGUCAAGUCCAAUGCCGCCGCCUAUUUGCAGCACCUGUGUUAUGAGAGUGACCGCAUCAAGCUGGAGGUGCGCCAGCUGAACGGCGUGCCGAUCUUGGUGGAAUUAUUGGACCACCCUAAGCCUGAGGUCCACCGCAAGGCCUGUGGGGCUUUGCGCAACAUAUCCUACGGAAAAGACCACAAUAACAAAGUGGCAAUCAAGAACUGUGAUGGCAUCCAAGCUUUAGUCAGACUAAUGAGGAAGUCUAGCAGCAUUGAGGUCAAAGAGUUAGUCACAGGGACUCUGUGGAACCUCUCCUCUCAUGAGCCGCUGAAGAUGAUGGUGAUCAACAAUGGGCUUCAAACCCUGACUGAUGAGAUCAUCAUCCCGCACUCAGGAGGGAGGAGAGACUCAGCCAACCCCUCCAAACUGCUGAGUGCUGAGUGGACCACCGUCUUCAAGAACACCUCUGGAUGUCUGAGGAACGUCAGCUCAGAUGGAGCGGAGGCUCGGCAGAGGCUGAGGGAGUGUGAGGGGCUGGUGGACGCUCUCCUUCAUGCCCUUCAGUCAGCUGUUGUCAACAAGGACACUGAUAAUAAGUCAGUAGAGAAUUGCGUGUGCAUCCUGCGGAACCUGUCCUAUCACGUUCACAAAGAGAUACCAGGAGCGGAGCGGUUUCAGGAGCCCCAUGGCAAUCAUCUGAUGAGAACAGUGGCACAUCCGAAGAAGAAGAAUGAGAGCGACUGCUUUGGGGGGAAAAGACCCAAAGAGGAGUGGUUCAAUCAAGGUCGGAAAAAUGGAUUAAUGGACAGAAAAUGCGCUACAUUGGAUUUACCAAAACGUACAGAGCAAAUGAAAGGUUUGGAACUGCUGUACCAGCCAGAGGUGUUGAGGCUCUACCUCUCUCUUCUCACCUGCAGUCACAACCACAACACCCUGGAGGCAGCCGCAGGGGCACUGCAGAACCUCGCUGCAGGGCACUGGGCUUGGUCCAGCUACAUCCGGGCCACAGUGAGAAAAGAGAAAGGGCUGCCCAUUCUGGUGGAGCUGCUGCGCUCAGAUGUGGACAAAGUGGUGCGAGCUGUGGCUAUCGCUCUUCGCAACCUGGCGAUGGACAGAAGGAAUAAAGACCUAAUAGGGAACUACGCUUUGAGAGACCUUGUCGGUAAUCUGCCGUGUGGGCAGCAGCACCCAGCGAAGAAUCUUGACGGGGAAACAGUGGUGUCGAUUCUGAACACCAUCCACGAGAUCAUCACAGACAGCCCAGAGAACGCCCGAGCGCUCAUACAGGGCCAUGCAGUGCAGAAACUGGUGGCCAUAAACAAGUCAAGCCAAGCAGCCAAGGAGAACAAGGCAGCUUCCCAUGUGCUCCAGACAAUAUGGGCCUACAAGGACCUGAGGAGUCCUCUGACCAAGGCCGGUUGGAACAAGAGCCACUUUAAGCCAACAACUACCGGAGUGACUAAAAAAUCCAAGAGUGGAAAGCAAGGCAGCGAUGACAUCACCCUGCCUCUCAUGGACAAAAACCAAGAUGUAUACUCCAGUUUAGAGCCAAAUGAUAGAGUUGGAGAUGGAAAUGGGCCUGUUGUGGAAAGAGACACUCUCCAGGCGAUAAGUGAGAGAAAGCACUUCAUCCGAGCUGGCAGGCCUGCAGUGGGCCUCAUGGAUAACAAACCUCCACCACUGGACUCCUGGGUGUAAACAUGACAACACAGCCGGGAAAGCUAGUUAAAUCCACUAGAGACACUUUCCUUUGGAGGAAUACGGAUUUGUGAAAUUUGCUCAUUCUUGUACAGGAAGACAAACAUGUUCAAUUAAAAAUAAUUUCCUUUGUUUACAGGGAAUAAUGUGCCAAACAUUUACAUGUAUUUAUUAUGGAGAUUAUUUGGCAAAAUAUUUAAUAGAUUUUGUCAUUUAGGAUGCUAUACUGUAUGCCUGAGACUCAUGAUGGAUUAUGUAUGACUUCGGAAAUAGCCUAAUUAUGCAAACUGUGGUGAAUCAUGACUCCAAAGAAUAUAUGACACGUACAAUUAAAAUGUUACUGUAAAACAAGUAUGAGAUCAUUAAUAAUACUUUUAGUUUGUCAAGCUUAAGGCCUAAAGUCACAUUUGGAUCUGUUGUUGUCCAUCCCCAUGGGUUCUGGGCUGAAGAAUAAUUAUUAUAAUAAUAUUUUUGAUCAGUGUUUGAGAUAAUUAAGAUUAGGACUACUGUCGACCUAGUCAUCAAAAACAUCCAAUUUAUUUGGAAUUCUGUUUAUUCUUGACAAACCUGCCAUUAGACUAGACGCUGCAGUCAUAAGCAAAUCUUUCAUUUGUUUCAUGAUAGGCAAAAUGGGAUUGUAAAUGUGUAACAAAGGACUGUUAAUAUUCUAAAUGAAGGUAUUUAUAUUGUAAUAUUUAUUGUAAUAGCCAUGUUAUUAAUUAAGGUUAUGAAUGUGCAUUAGCUAAUACCGGUAAAUGAUCCUACAUUCUAUACAACUCUGCUUUGCAGUGGUCCUUUUUG